AUGGCUGCAGCUCUUAGAUCACUUUACGUUUAUGUAGUUUUCAGCGUAUCCUUGAUAUCUUUGGCGUUGGCUCAAGGAGAAAACUACUUCAUCUUCCAUGGCUUAUCUGAUUCCAAUUUACAUUUGGAUGGCGUCGCUGAGAUCCAACCUAGUGGUCUAUUGCAGCUGACCGAUUCAUAUUAUACUCCUAAAAUGGCUCAUGCUUUCUACCCUUUUCCUUUCAGAUUCAAUACAUCUUCCUCUCAAUCUCUUUCGUUUUCCACAAAUUUUGUAUUUGCAAUGGAUAGCUUAAACUAUCGCCCUGGCUUAGGCCGUGGUGUGGCUUUUGUCAUCUCACCGUCCAUGGACUUCAGUAAAGCUUUUCCAGGUGCAUAUUUAGGACUCUUCAACUAUUCAAACAAUGGCCUCUCUACAAACCAUAUCUUGGCGGUUAAGUUCGGUUCUGCUCUUAGCCCUGAAUUUUUUGAUAUAGAAGAUAACCAGGUUGGAAUUUACAUCAACAGCCUCAUAUCUAAUCAAUCUGCUUCAGCAAGUUACUUUUCCGAUGAAGAAGGGAUUUACAAAGACAUGAGUCUAGAAGGUACAGGUCCAAUACAAAUUUGGAUAGACUACAAUGCAGCAGAAAUGUUACUCAAUGUAACACUAGCUCCCAUCAAAGUUCCAAAACCAAGCAAGCUUCUCUUGUCAAAACCCCUCGAUCCUUCUCAAAUUCUCUUAGAUUCUAUGUAUGUUGGCUUCUCUGCAUCAACUGAUCCAGAUGGAAUUUUAUCCUAUAUUCUUGGAUGGAGCUUCAACAGGACUGGACAAGCUCAAAACCUUGAUAUUUCCAAGCUUCCCCCAAUGCCUCCAUCUUCUUCAUCUUUAGACAAUGGUAACGCACACGUCUCAACAAUUUUUUUUUUCUUAAUACCAAUGUUGGGUGCACUGAUAGCAAUCAGUGGAUCUGUUUACUUGUGA